AUGGACAUCGUUGUUGGCCAUGGUGUUAAACUUGGUCGGCAAGUACAAUUCAUUAGAGAUUCUGCUCAAUUUUCAAAUUGUAAGUGGGUACAAGUGGUUCACACUGCUCCAGAGGACCUGAGCAGUUUCAAAAUGGACAUCGUUGUUGGCCAUGGUGUUAAACUUGGUCGGCAAGUACAAUUCAUUAGAGAUUCUGCUCAAUUUUCAAAUUGUAAGUGGGUACAAGUGGUUCACACUGCUCCAGAGGACCUGAGCAGUUUCAAAUCCUACAGUGACCCCAUUUCAAAAGGUGAAACAAAACACGAAUCAGAAGUUGGGCUUUGCAAACUUGCUGAUCUUAUUGUGCCUGUGGGACCCAAACUAAAAGAAGCAUACUCUUCAUAUUUACAGCGAUGCAAGACAGAUCAAGACCUUUUGUCAAUAACUCCAGGCCUUUUUCAAAGGGAGUUUGGGGAUUUAGUGGCAAAACAAAACCCUAAUAAGGAUGGUGAAUUUAAAGUGUUGUUAUUUGGUCGUGGGGAUGAUGAGGACUUUGAACUCAAAGGAUACAACAUUGCUGCUCACGCGUUUACUGAUCAACGGUUGAAUAACAAACCUUAUCAUCUAAUCUUUGUUGGAGCACCUGAGGGAAAGCAAGGAGAAGUUAGAGAAAAACUUCUUCAGCAUGGUAUUGAGGAAGCACAGUUGACUGUUAGAAAAUUUAUACAAAGUAGAGAGAGACUGAAAGAUUUGCUGUGCGAAGCUGACCUUGCCAUAAUGCCAUCAAAAUCAGAGGGAUUUGGACUUGUCGCACUUGAGGCCUUGUCUUCGGGACUACCCAUUCUUGUAGGCAGUAGGUCAGGAUUUGCCAAAGCAUUAGAGAAUGUUCUUCAUGGCAAUGCAUGCAUUGUGAAUUCAGAUGAUCCUACAGAAUGGGCAAAAGCAAUAGAAGCUGUUCGCUUAAGGCAUGGAAUGAGGCUUCAAGAGAUUAAAUCACUGAGGGUGUCUUAUGGGGAGAAAUACAGUUGGGAGGAGCAAUGUGAAGCCCUUGUGAACAGAAUGCGGAGAAUGGGUCAUGGUAAGAGUUAUUUGUUAAGUGCUGAUGUAGUAAUAUGCAAAUGUAAGAGUGCAGUG